UAGGCGUAUGGCACAAACCCCAUAGGCUCGGACUAGUGUAGCGAGCUUCCUCCACAUGGGUGUGGGGAGCGCUGCAAGCUGCCUGUCCCCUGCUUACCAUGCGGCGCGAACCCGCCAGUGCUACCACACGAUUUAUUUCUUGCGCGUGAAGUUAAGCCCGCCCCGUUCUCGAAGUCAUCUCGCCUCAUUCACAACUUCCACGUGAGUGAGCAGCUCCGGGGGACUCGGGGGUCGAUGGGCCUUCGAGUCGGGUUGAGGCUCGAUCUGGACCCUCCGCCACGUGCUCACCGCGCUCAAUAGUCAGACCGUGACGACCAAAGGACGACGACGGCAGCGACUGAGUUUCAUCCAGCCCUGACUGUGAGAGUCAGACCCGAUCCAAGCCACCGAGCGCAAAAUGAUUGCUUGAGAGCAUCUCACAGCAGAGGAACUGUAGUAGAAGCACCUCCGUCCGAUGGAGUGGGACAAAAGCUUAUUCCGAGAUCGACAAUCCGCAUCGAUCAUCGUGUAGUCUCCAUUGCACAUUGCGUCCCAUCGACAGGUUACAGUCGCCUUGCCUGGGAUCAUGGCUGCUGCCAGCUUCGGACUUCUGAGCAAUCGAGCUGUGUGCACCCUCUACGCGCUGUCUCGAACCGCUGUCCACGUGCAUCACAACAUGCUGUCACUAACUCGGGCUCUGUCGGUUUACACUCGAGUCCUGCAUCAAUUCCGUGCUGUGAAAUACCCUAUAUCCGGACGACGAACCUGGUGCUGUGGAAGGGCGCUGUGCAUGAGGAUCCAAAUGCCAAGGGCGAAUCCGAGUCCCAGGUUUUCCUUGUCGAACGCACCAAGUCAUCCACCCUGCGUUUGGCGCUUCGUCUUCGUCUGAUCGGGUGGUAUCCGUGAAGAACAUAACGGCAAUGCGUGGGAUUUCCAUCCCCGGCGGCAGCUUCCCAAGUUCCUGAACGCUCGCUUUCCCCUUCGCCUAAAGCGGGUUGAGAAAACCAUAGGGCUAGAACGACAGGCAAAUUCUUGAUUGGCGGGCGGCAACGAGAUCUAUGCUCCUCUAGACGCGGAUACUUAAGACCCAUCUCAACGCAGCCAUGGUGCCCAGUGAAGAAUCACGUUCCGCUCUUUCUACAUCUUCAUGGGAGAUGUGCCUUUAGAUGAGAUAGGGCUCGUCUCCCUAAUAAUCGAGACGUUUCUGCUGGGCAUAUUCACCACGAUGUUCGCGACCGUUCUGCGGCUCAUCGUCUCCAAAGCCAUCUCCAACCAAAAAACAGUGAGAAUUGUCUUGCCAACUAUAUCGCUUAUAUGGUUGCUUGCGAUAUCACACUGGAUAUUAGACAUCCUACGCGCCGAGACGGCAUUCCUGCAUGAACCGAAUGCUGCUGUGUUUUUCGCAAACAUCUCCUCUCCAGUCGAAGUCGCGAAGGUUGGACUGUAUGUCACCGCCACGAUCAUUGGUGACGGAUUCAUGAUUUACCGCACUUACAUGAUCUGGCAAAGGUCACUCCGCUUCGUUGCUCUUCCCAUUGUUCUGUGGAUUGCUUCGAUCGUAUCUGGAUACGGCGGGACAAAUGCGCUGUACGAGACAAAACAAGGGACACAACUGUCGCCCCUGGUGCCUUGGAUUCCAACUUUCAUCGCCCUCUCGUUGGCCACCAAUGGGUAUUGCACCAUACUCAUUGCCUACCGCAUCCUCCGGUCUCAGUUUGCCGUUCGCAAGAUGAAUGCUGGGAACAGUCGGAUGAUGUCGAUCGUGGUCGUCUUCCUCGAGUCCGCUGCGCUGUAUUCCGCGGAACUGAUAGCCCUGCUCGUCACCCAUCAGCUCGAGCUCAAUGUGCAAUAUGUCGUGCUUGAUGCGACAUGCAGUUUGCUUGGGAUUACAUUCAGCAUGAUCAUUCUCCCUGUUACGGGCGCUGCGCGGGGCUCGGAGAUCAGCGGCAGCCGCCCUGUGCGCGUGGCGGCGCCACGGAUAGAGGGCGUGAAUGUAUCGAGAUUAGUCGAGGUGACGACGGACAAUGUGCAUGAGAUGGACUCUUUUGAUCCCGUAAAGAUCGACGCGAAUGUGUAGCUCUGUGUAGCAGAUUCUGUACAGGUGUGUAGAUUGUGCUUGGAUCUAUCGUCAUUAUUUAUUACCACAAGCUGGAAGGUAUGGAUGAAUUCGAGUUUCGUUUAUUUUCACUGCAGGAGAC